UCAUAUCCGUAGCAGGCGAACGAUUGACUGGAUCUUGAUCAGUAGAAGAUUGGCUUAAUGCAAUAUUCUCAGCGAUAGCCUGCAUACGUGGAAUGGCGAUGCCUGCAUUGUGAUACAGUGACAGUCUUUGCAUCAUUGAACCUGUCACCUGUAAUAGAUCUCGUGCACUGUCAGGUAUGCAAUGACGACCUACAUCUACCUGUGAAAUACAGUCGGAGCGUCCAGAGCAGCCACGUUUAUCAAGUGCUUCUCUGUGUAUAAUUUAUUGAUGCUGCAGUCCAAAUAAGGACACUGACAAAUGAAGACUGAGUGAAUGAUCAGAAGACAAUCCAUGAUCAGUUUCCUCAACCUUCACAGUAGAAUCCUCCCAUGUUACUUGGUCUCUGUACAGGCAUCUUUUGGCAAUUUUACAUUCCGCAGCAAUAAAACCAUUGCUUAGCAGCACCCACACACACUCCUAUCUCAUUGUACCUCAGUACAGUUUCAGUAUUUAUGUACUGACUUCAUAAUGACUGAAAUCAUCUUCUAUCUUAGCCGUGCAACAUCGGGUAGGUCAAUCUGUAGAAACUGCAACAAGUUUAUUCAAAAGGACAUGUUGAGAAUUGGUAAAAGGGUCCCCAACCCACGUGAUGUGGACGAUGAGGGGUGGGGUGAUAUAACUCUAUAUCACCAUGUUGCCUGCAUGUUUAAGAUGUUUGAGAAGGAAACAGGCAAUGCAAAAAAGAUCAAGUCUCCUGAUGACAUGUUUGGGUUUGAUGAGCUAAAAAAGGACGAGAAGAAGAACCUUCUGAAACUCAUCAGUGAUGCUAAUAUAAAGAGGGAGGACAACUCUCUCCAUCAGUUCCGCUGUCUUUGUACCAAGAUAUCUGAGGAAGACAGCGACACUGGCAAGACUGCUCUUGUGUCCGAUUACCUCAAGAAGGGGACCAGUGGCUCUGGCUUCAAGGGUGAUGUCUACAUGUUGAUGAAGUUCUUGCUGACUGGCAUUGGGAAUACAUGGAAUAGCCUAAAUGACAAAGUCCUUGUCAACCUAUUCAGCCAGAUAUUUGGUACAAGUCAAAAAGCAAUGGAGGAGGAUUUAGCGCAGACUGAGGUGUGGGAAAUAAUCAGGGUGUGUUUUGAGAAAAGCAAAACUGUGAUGCCCCCGGAGGAGAGUACUCUGUCCUUACGAGAGAUGCGCGGCUUCCUGAAUGUCUUGACUCCUGCUUCUGAACUACUCACAAUACUGAAGAAACUUGUUAACAGAUGCACCAGCAAUGAUCUGAUGAUGGUGGUCCGCCUCAUCAAAAACAACAUAGGCAUAAACGCAGAGGCAAAAACUAUAUUAGACGCCCUUGACCGUAAUGCUUAUGAAGCAUUCCAGAUCUCUGAAGACCUGGAAGAUGUGGUGGACAGGGUUCAGUCUAAGACAUUACACAGUCUGCCAGGCAUGAAGAAGAAGAUGAAGGAGAAGACAAAGAAAAAUACUGAACAUGGCGCAAAGCAAAGCAGCAGUGACGCUGGCGCCUCCAAGAAGAAAACACCGGUCAAGAGACAGGCAAGGGAUGAAGGGCAGACAACUCCAUCCAAGAAGUGCAAGACAGCAAGGUCCAGCCCCUCCAUGUGCAAAAUCUUCACAGACUGCAAGAUAUUCCUGUCUGUAACCACAGACAAGUUCAAGGAGCUCAAGCAAUAUAUAAUAGAUUUUGACGGGGAAGUUUUGGACGAGUCUAGAAAGAGAUCAGCUACACAUAUUGUCUCUUCUAAAGGAAGGAUUAGAACCGGUAGUAGCAAGGCCAAGGUCGUGACCCCUGACUGGCUGUGGCAGUCUAUCAAGAAGAAACAGCUUGCAUCUACUGAGGAGUUCAAGCCCUGAACAGGGACAUUCAAACUUUUAUCAUGGUUUAUAUAUAAAAAACUUGACAAUACAUGUGUUGGUUAGUGCUUACUCAUUUUACAUGUGCAAAGUAUAUUCUUUAUGGAACAAGUAAUUGCUUUGUUACACUGUAUGGCAUAGAAAUGCAUUGACAUGUUAUUCAGAGUGUGGAUUUAUGUAUAGUUCGAACAUAAAAUGUGUUGUUUAUACAGAGUCUACUAAUGAAGAUAUCAAGGGUAAAUGUUUUACAUGGCACUGAACAAUGAAUGAAUCUCGCAUACAUCACCAUACAUAUAUAUAUUUCAACUGUGCUCUCUCAUAGUUCAAUCAGUAUUUCUGUCUCCUAUGAUUUAACUGAGACUGCCUUGAUAUAGGUUAGUGGUUCAAUAUCGUGGUUGCGUCAUGCCAAAUGACCU